CAAGUAUAGUAAGCGAAGAAUCACCUGAGCUCAUUACACCACCGGCACACAAGUGUGAAAAUGGGGAAAGCAGUUGGACGCUGGGACUUUGAAUGGGUUUAUAAUGAGCAACCGCACACAUGGAGAAGAAAAGAAAUUUUAGCAAAGUAUCCUGAAAUCAAGUCUUUGAUGGGUCACGACCCCCAGCUGAAGUGGGUCGUGUCAGGGAUGGUGCUCACCCAGCUGCUGGCAUGUUACAUGGUCCACGAGCUCUCCUGGAAGUGGGUGUUGUUUUGGGCGUAUGCGUUCGGUGGCUGCAUCAACCACUCUCUGACCCUAGCCAUCCAUGACAUUUCACACAACGUGGCCUUUGGCACUAAAAAGGCUCGCUGGAACCGCUGGUUUGCCAUGUUCGCCAAUCUCCCCAUUGGCUUGCCUUAUUCGGCAUCCUUCAAGAAGUACCACAUCGACCACCACCGUUACCUGGGAGGAGAUGGCUUGGACGUGGAUAUUCCGACCGACCUCGAGGGCUGGUUCUUCUGCACCCCAUCCAGGAAGGUGCUCUGGCUCUUUCUCCAGCCUUUGUUCUACGCGCUCCGUCCGUUGAUCGUGAACCCCAAGCCCGUGACCAGGUUGGAGAUGCUGAACGCAGUCGUGCAGUUUGUGGUAGACAUUAUCAUCUACUAUUUUUGGGGACUCAAGCCUAUAGUCUAUCUAAUUGCUGGCUCUAUACUGUGCAUGGGCCUGCAUCCCAUCUCUGGACAUUUCAUUGCUGAGCACUACAUGUUUAUGAAAGGUCAUGAAACCUACUCUUAUUACGGCCCUCUCAACUUAAUAACCUUCAAUGUGGGAUACCAUAUGGAGCACCAUGACUUCCCCAGCAUUCCUGGCAGCAAAUUACCUGAGGUCAAGAGGAUUGCAGCGGAGUACUAUGACUCUCUCCCUCAACACACCUCAUGGAUGCGAGUGCUCUGGGACUUUGUGUUCGAUGACACCAUCGGGCCCUACGCCAGAAUCAAGAGACAAUACAAACUUGGCAAAAAGGAAUAAAUUUGGUACUACUGAUCAAACCAAACGUACUACAAUGUAUUUAUAAAAAAAAGUUCUGCACAAAUUGGCAAAUGAAAGAUAAUUGGCACUCGCCUGGUUAUUAGUUCAACGGGACGAACCUUUUCACACAUGAAAUGACAAACUUCUUCAUUCUGUUACAGCAUUUCAUCAGAUCCAUCUGAACAAUAUCCAAACUAAAACUUCACAUUCCCUGCACCUGGGACCAUGUUCAAUUAUUAAGAUUAUCAAAGCCCAGUUGACCUUCUCAAUUUCCAUAUAUUCAUUCCUUCCAAAGAUGUGAAACUUUGUUUGAAUAUUGUUCUUAUGGUAUACAUGUAACAAAAUGAAUGCAUUAGUUUGUGCAUCAUUGCCAAUACUCACUCUCUAUCCAACUACUGAGAUGCCAGUUAAGAUGUACCUGAGGAAAGAAGAGCUGAGAUGAAAUGUUUAAGCAGACUUUAAAUUCUUUUUCAUCAGUGACGCCUUUAUGAAAACCAAAUAUAUCGUGUUGUGUAACUUAAGUCUUUAAAUAAUAUAGUUUCAUGAGUUCUGUCUUUUGCACUGACAGUUUAAUUCUGAACACCACUGUGAUAGAUAUGUAAUAUAUGGAAUAUAUUUGUUCAGCACACUGUUCAAUAAAUUUCUCUUAUAUAUCAUAUGAAUCGAACAGAUUUUGCAAGGUGGUUGUUGAAUAUUCAAUGAAAAUGCAAGAUAUUUUUUUUAAAUAAAAGCACAGGACAAGGCUUUUUAAAAGGGGGAAAAGCUUUUAAAGUUCUUUUAAUUCCAUCAAUCUCUCACUCUCACCAUGUGAAUAAUUUAAUUGUAAUUUUUGUGAAAUCAACAUCAACUUUUAAAAUCAGGAUCAACCUAAUUAAACCAGGAUACAUUGUACGAUCAAACAAUUCUUCCAAUAAUUCAUCUCACAUUGUUUAUAUAUAUAUAUAUACACAUGUAUAUUUUUCCAUGUCCGUCUCGUGAGCUCAUUGAAAGAGUGUCAAUAUUUAACCUCAUAUCUUCAAAUGAAUUUAAAACAAAAUUCUAGUGAACUUCUGGGACCUCGUUUAUAAAAUGUUGCGUAGAAACCAUCCUACAUUUGAUCUUACCAUAAUUUCUCAAAUGUGCGUUGUUGUGAUUCAGAGAAAUGAACGUGCGUACGCCUAUCUUCCAGAUGUGAAAU